AUGUCCGGAACAAAGCGGAUUACCCUCUACAGCGCGGUGGACUCCCCGUUCCCGCACAGGGUCCGUCUGGCACUCGAGGAGGCCAAGGCAACGUACGACAUCAUCUGGAUCGACCUCAUGGCCAAGCCCGAGUGGUACGAGAAGAAAGUCUACCACGGCGAAGGCCGGGUUCCGUACCUCGUCUACGGCGGUCCCAAGCUCAACCCGGACGAAGCCCCCUCCGGCGACGCCGUCGGGAUUCCCGAGUCGAGCAUCAUCCUUGAGUUCCUCGCCGACCUCUUCCCCGCAGCGCGCCUCCUGCCCGCCGACCCGGUCACGCGCUCACAAGUACGCGUCUUCUGCGAGGCCGUGAACAAAAAGCUGCUCCCCGCGUGGUUCCCCUCGCUCUUCAUGGGCGUCCCGACGGACGGCCUCUUCGCCGUGCUCGACGACUUGCAGAAGAAGCUCCCGGCGAAGGGCGGGUACUUCUUCGGCGAGUGGACCAUCGCGGACGCGACGAUCCUCCCGAUCCUCCUCAGGAUGGAGCACAACUGGCGCCUGAAGCCAUUCUCGAUGACGGAGGCCGAGAUCGCGAAGGCGCAGGAGGCGUGGAACUCGCCGCGCUUUGCGCGGUUCAGGCAGUACCUCGAGGACAACAAGAAGCGCGAGAGCGUGCUCAAGACUUGGGACGAGGACGCUAUCGCGCACGCGUUCGGUCGGCGGCUUGACAGGUUCAAGAAGACGGGCAUCAUCAACAGCGAUGUCCGCGUGCCCAUUCCCGCUGCUCAACAGUGA